GAUACACACCCCUUUCCGAAACGAAAGGCCCAGGGACUCCGAGAGAGGGGUGGGAUCCUUCUCGGCCCAACCACACAAUGGGGGCCGCUCCACCGUAGCUCGCACCCCACCCCGCAGGCCCCACUCGGCCGGGGGUUCGACGUCUCGGGGCCCUAUCGCUCCUCCCCCUGCAGCCCUCGGGGGCGCAGCCACAGCCCGGCGGGGCGCCCUCCCUCGCUCGCUCGCGCUUCCCUCCUCCUUGGCUGGGGAGCCGGAAAACCCGGAGCGAACCGGCCCUGCCCGGCGACGCAUGCUCAGUAGCAGGCAGGUUCAGUUCGCUAGUAGGAAGCUCUAGCGCUACACCGGCGUCGGCGGCGGCCGCGGCGGCACCUCAGGCAGCCGGAUUCCCCAACAACGACCUCGGGCCUUUCCCCUCCCCCGCUACACCCCGCGCCCAGCUCCGCCCCGCCCCGGGUCGCUCGCGUUUCGGGGUCCCUGCCGCGCGGGCGCCGCGGCCGGAGCGUCCGUCCACACGCCCUCCCCCAGCCGCCGGCUCCGCCGCGGGGCCAGGCCGGGCCCGGGAGCGCAGCCCCGGCAGGCGGGCGGGCGGCGACCGCGGCGGAGGGCAACCCGGGGCGGCGCCAGCGGGCCGGGGAGGAGUGGGGGCCCGGCCCCGGGGCGGUGGUGCGGGAUGCCGCCGCCGCCGCCUCCGGGCUGCGUUCGCUCUUCGCGGCUGGUGCCCGUGUCGGGUGGGUGGCCGGGCGCGGGCUUCGCCCCCCAGCUCCCUCUCCGGGGCUAGCCCGGCCGCUCGGCGCCCCGAGGGGGCCGGGCCGUCCGGUGGGGCCGCGGCCCUGUUCCGCGCUAAGAGCUCGCCCUCUCGCGGCUCCCCGGCCCGGCCGCCGCCGCCCCUCUCCCAACCCGGAGGAGCCCCGGGGGCACCAUGCAGGCGCAGCAGCUGCCGUACGAGUUUUUCAGCGAGGAGAACGCGCCCAAGUGGCGGGGGCUGCUGGUGCCUGCGCUGAAAAAGGUUCAGGGCCAAGUUCAUCCUACUCUUGAGUCUAGUGAUGACGCUCUUCAGUAUGUGGAAGAAUUAAUUCUGCAGUUAUUAAAUAUGCUAUGCCAGGCUCAGCCCCGAAGUGCUUCGGAUGUAGAGGAACGUGUUCAAAAAAGUUUCCCUCAUCCAAUUGAUAAGUGGGCAAUAGCUGAUGCCCAGUCGGCUAUUGAAAAGAGGAAGCGAAGAAACCCUUUAUCUCUCCCAGUAGAAAAAAUUCAUCCUUUGUUAAAGGAGGUCCUAGGUUAUAAAAUUGACCACCAGGUUUCUGUUUACAUAGUAGCAGUAUUAGAAUACAUUUCUGCAGACAUUUUAAAGCUGGUGGGGAAUUAUGUGCGAAAUAUACGGCAUUAUGAAAUUACAAAGCAAGAUAUUAAAGUGGCAAUGUGUGCUGAUAAGGUAUUGAUGGAUAUGUUUCAUCAAGAUGUAGAAGAUAUAAAUAUAUUAUCUUUAACUGAUGAAGAGCCUUCCACCUCAGGAGAGCAAACUUAUUAUGAUUUGGUAAAAGCAUUUAUGGCAGAAAUUCGACAAUACAUAAGGGAACUUAAUUUAAUUAUAAAAGUUUUUAGAGAGCCCUUUGUCUCCAAUUCAAAAUUGUUUUCAGCUAAUGAUGUAGAAAAUAUAUUUAGUCGUAUAGUGGAUAUACAUGAACUUAGUGUAAAGUUACUGGGCCAUAUAGAAGAUACUGUAGAAAUGACAGAUGAAGGCAGUCCCCAUCCAUUAGUAGGAAGUUGCUUUGAAGACUUAGCAGAGGAACUGGCAUUUGAUCCAUAUGAAUCAUAUGCUCGAGAUAUUUUACGACCUGGUUUUCAUGAUCGUUUCCUUAGUCAGUUAUCAAAGCCUGGAGCGGCACUCUAUUUGCAGUCAAUAGGCGAAGGUUUCAAAGAAGCUGUUCAGUAUGUUUUACCCAGGCUACUUCUAGCCCCUGUUUACCACUGUCUACAUUACUUUGAACUUCUGAAGCAGUUAGAAGAAAAGAGUGAAGAUCAAGAAGACAAGGAAUGUUUGAAACAAGCAAUAACAGCUUUGCUUAAUGUUCAGAGUGGUAUGGAAAAAAUAUGUUCUAAAAGCCUUGCAAAACGAAGACUGAGUGAAUCUGCAUGUCGGUUUUAUAGUCAGCAAAUGAAGGGGAAACAACUAGCAAUCAAGAAAAUGAACGAGAUUCAGAAGAAUAUUGAUGGUUGGGAGGGAAAAGACAUUGGACAGUGUUGCAAUGAGUUUAUAAUGGAAGGAACUCUUACACGUGUAGGAGCCAAACAUGAGAGACACAUAUUUCUCUUUGAUGGCUUAAUGAUUUGCUGUAAAUCAAAUCAUGGGCAGCCAAGACUUCCUGGUGCUAGCAAUGCAGAAUAUCGUCUUAAAGAAAAGUUUUUUAUGAGAAAGGUACAAAUUAAUGACAAAGAUGACACCAAUGAGUACAAGCAUGCUUUUGAAAUAAUUCUGAAAGAUGAAAAUAGCGUUAUAUUUUCUGCCAAGUCAGCUGAAGAGAAAAACAAUUGGAUGGCAGCAUUGAUAUCUUUACAGUACCGGAGUACACUGGAAAGGAUGCUUGACGUGACAAUGCUCCAGGAAGAAAAGGAGGAGCAGAUGAGGCUCCCCAGUGCUGAUGUGUAUAGAUUUGCAGAGCCUGACUCUGAAGAAAAUAUCAUAUUUGAAGAGAACGUGCAGCCCAAAGCUGGAAUUCCAAUUAUCAAAGCAGGAACUGUUAUUAAACUUAUAGAGAGGCUCACAUACCAUAUGUACGCAGAUCCCAAUUUUGUUCGGACAUUUCUUACAACAUAUAGAUCCUUUUGUAAACCUCAAGAACUACUGAGUCUUUUAAUAGAAAGGUUUGAAAUUCCAGAGCCUGAGCCAACAGAAGCUGAUCGCAUAGCUAUAGAGAAUGGAGAUCAGCCCUUGAGUGCAGAACUAAAAAGGUUUAGAAAAGAAUAUAUACAGCCUGUACAACUGCGAGUAUUAAAUGUAUGUCGGCACUGGGUAGAGCACCACUUCUACGAUUUUGAAAGAGACGCAGAUCUUUUGCAGCGAAUGGAGGAAUUUAUUGGAACAGUAAGAGGUAAAGCAAUGAAAAAGUGGGUUGAAUCCAUCACUAAAAUAAUCCAAAGGAAAAAAAUUGCAAGAGACAAUGGACCAGGUCAUAAUAUUACAUUUCAGAGUUCACCUCCCACAGUUGAGUGGCAUAUAAGCAGACCUGGGCACAUAGAGACUUUUGACCUGCUCACCUUACACCCAAUAGAAAUUGCUCGACAACUCACUUUACUGGAAUCAGAUCUAUAUCGAGCUGUACAGCCAUCAGAAUUAGUUGGAAGUGUGUGGACAAAGGAAGACAAAGAAAUUAAUUCUCCUAAUCUUCUGAAAAUGAUCCGGCAUACCACUAAUCUCACUCUGUGGUUUGAGAAAUGUAUUGUAGAAACUGAAAACUUAGAAGAAAGAGUAGCUGUGGUGAGUCGAAUAAUUGAGAUUCUGCAAGUCUUUCAAGAGCUGAACAACUUCAAUGGUGUCCUUGAGGUUGUCAGUGCUAUGAACUCAUCACCUGUAUACAGACUAGACCACACGUUUGAGCAAAUACCAAGUCGCCAAAAGAAAAUUUUAGAAGAAGCUCAUGAACUAAGUGAAGAUCACUAUAAGAAAUAUUUGGCAAAACUCAGGUCUAUUAAUCCACCAUGUGUGCCUUUCUUUGGAAUUUAUCUAACUAAUAUCUUGAAAACAGAAGAAGGCAACCCUGAGGUCCUAAAAAGGCAUGGAAAAGAGCUUAUAAACUUUAGCAAAAGGAGGAAAGUAGCAGAAAUAACAGGCGAGAUCCAGCAGUACCAAAAUCAGCCUUAUUGUUUACGAGUAGAAUCAGAUAUCAAAAGGUUCUUUGAAAACUUGAAUCCAAUGGGAAAUAGUAUGGAAAAAGAAUUUACAGAUUAUCUUUUCAACAAAUCCCUAGAAAUAGAACCACGAAACCCUAAGCCUCUCCCAAGAUUUCCAAAAAAAUAUAGCUAUCCCCUAAAAUCUCCUGGUGUUCGUCCAUCAAACCCAAGACCAGGUACUAUGAGACAUCCCACACCUCUGCAGCAAGAGCCAAGGAAAAUUAGUUAUAGUAGGAUCCCUGAAAGUGAAACGGAAAGUACAGCAUCUGCACCAAAUUCUCCAAGAACACCGUUAACACCUCCUCCUGCUUCUGGUGCUUCUAGUACCACAGAUGUUUGCAGCGUAUUUGACUCUGAUCAUUCAAGCCCUUUUCACUCAAGCAGCGAUACCGUCUUUAUCCAAGUUACACUGCCCCAUGGCCCAAGAUCUGCUUCAGUAUCAUCUAUAAGUUUAACCAAGAGCACUGAUGAAGUGCCUGUCCCCCCUCCUGUUCCUCCACGAAGACGACCAGAAUCUGCCCCAGCGGAAUCUUCGCCAUCUAAGAUCAUGUCUAAGCAUUUGGACAGCCCCCCAGCAAUUCCUCCUAGGCAACCCACAUCAAAAGCCUAUUCACCACGAUAUUCAGUAUCAGACCGGACCUCUAUAUCAGAUCCUCCUGAAAGCCCUCCCUUAUUACCUCCACGAGAACCCGUGAGGACACCUGAUGUUUUCUCAAGCUCACCACUACAUCUCCAACCUCCCCCUUUGGGCAAAAAAAGUGACCAUAGUAAUGCCUUCUUCCCAAACAGCCCUUCCCCCUUUACACCACCUCCGCCUCAAACACCUUCUCCUCACGGCACAAGAAGGCAUCUGCCAUCACCACCACUGACACAAGAAGUGGACCUUCAUUCCAUUGCUGGGCCUCCUGUUCCUCCACGACAAAGCACUUCUCAACAUAUCCCUAAACUCCCUCCGAAAACUUACAAAAGGGAGCAUACACACCCAUCCAUGCACAGCGAUGGACCACCGCUGUUGGAGAAUGCCCAUUCGUCCUGAGUUCCACUACACCAGGAUGUACGUUGUCCUGGCCCCACAUCCAUUGCUGGCAAUGGAUGCACUGAACGUGCCAGCACUGAGGAGUUAAAAUGAGAACUCCAAACACUAACGACUCUACUUCAAGAUGCAGUAUAAGACAAUGAAUUUUAACCUAGAUGUAAUUAUAAAGUGAAAAUGGUGUUCGUUUAGAAUAUGGAAAGACUGAUCUAGAGGAAGUGGACAACUGAUUGCACCUGAAAAUCAAGUAAAGGGAACUUUUUCCAGCCAGUAGGCAGGAGUCCUCUUUUUGUGAAGUGAUGUUUAUCAUUAAAGGGAUGAAAAACACAGUCUAGUGUCCAGCAGGCCCACAUGAUGACACUUUUUGUAAUUCAAAAUAUUAUGCACUUUUUAAAAAGAAAUCUUAAACAGGGAUCUUCAAAUCCUCCUUUGUUUUCCUUUGCUUUUAUUUGUCCUACUUUAGAAUAUUUUCUUAAAAAUCAUUCAGAGGACUGUGAGGAAAGGCUGUGGUACCUGACCUUGUUGGAAUCAAGGCCCAGCACUGUACUACAGUCCUGUUUACAGAUUAUUACAGUGAAUUGAAUGGGUACCGAGGCUUCACCAAAGAGGUACUUUUUUUUUUUUUUUUUAAGAAUAAUUAUACCGGUUUUAAGAGCAUUCCCCUACCCACCCUCCCUACACAAACAAAAUGUGGUGGUGUUGCCUUCAAACAAGAGAAGUUUUGUGUCAUUAACAACGACAGAAGAACUUUUAAAACAAUGUAACUGUCAAGUAUAUGAUUUACAUUUAGGAGACUGUUAAUCUAUGCUAGAUUGUCAUUUUCCCCCCCUUUUCCCACAGAAGUUUACUGGUAACCCAUGUCAUGGCUUGUAGCUGCCCCUCUAACCACACUAUGGAAACGCAGUCACCCAGUGUGAAGGGAGUCCUUGCUGGGUAUCGCUGACACCGUUCAUGUUUUACUAAUAGUUGAGUGGUCAGCAUAUCUAGAAUUACCUUGCAUUGCCUAAAUCAUGUGUAUAUAGUGAAUGUUAUAUAAUAUACCUGGCAGGUCUGUUUUAAUUUAAUUGAAUAAAGAUACAAAUACUUUGUUUGGCUGGCAUAUAUUAAAUUAUUAUAUGAGAAAAUGGUUGAUUCUUAUUUCUUUCAGUUGAAACACACACACAAACACUAAGCAUAAAAGCACGUAUUGUGGUACGCCUUGGUUUCUAGUUCUGGAUGUAUGUAUUCAUCUUAAAGAAUGAUCUAAAGUUGCAGUUUGGCAUGUAGGAAAAUAUUUGGUUAGAAUAGGAUGGGUAUCUUUUAAGCAGAGCUUUGUAAGGUUUUUAAUUUCCUAGGUAACAUGUGUACAGUCUGUUAAAGUUUAUAUUAAACAUUCUACCUUGCUUGAGGUCUUUGCUCUUUCGAAACUACUCGUAAUAGAACAUCUACCUACAUCAUUAAUAUCAUAAUAUGGAUUAUUCAUUAAGCCUAUGUACUGAUCUUCUGAGUCUAACAAAUACUGUGAUUGAAAUGCAUGCAACUUGUUGAAGAGAAAAAGUGUUAUUAAUCUCCACUAUAGUAUCUGUGAAGUGUGCAGUAUUCCAUCCUUAGAGAGUCCUCAGUUCAUCAGUAUAUGCAUGUGUCCUCUGAAUAAUGAAGCAACAUUUCAGCAAUUCUGUUAACCAUGCCAUUAGAGACAUUUUUAGAAGUGCUGCCUCAUGGUGGAAACCUAGUACUUUAAUAAUUUUCUGUGAUAUUUAUUAGAGCAUUAAAUGUACAUCACAGUAGUACAAUAUAUAGUCCUUUAAGACCAGAGUGUUGGUUGCAUCAUCAUUAAGCAGUCCAUCCUGUCAUAUACUUUAUUUAUUUGUUAGAGUUGAAUUAUUUUUUUCUAAUAUUUGUACCAUUCCUAUUAUGGUAGUCACUUUUCUCUUUGUAAAAUGUCUCCUUUUAAAAGUCUCCCCCCAAAUUAAUUUCAGAUCUCCUCUUGUAUGCAAAGUGUCCAUAAGACCAUUCAUUCAACAAGUAUUUAUCUAAGCCUACUUAUUAGUGCUGCUACAAUUAAUCAUAAUACACAUUCCAGAAUUUCCAUGACUUUUUAUUAGACCAGCCGCAUCGUCCCUAGGAUUUCCCUUUAUAUGUCUUAUGUGCACUUCUCUUUUUAAUUACCCCAGCCCCACUCCAAAUGAGAACCUGAGAAAAGUCCCAUUGGAGCCCAUUCAGUAUCUCUCUGGCCAGUGUGUUAGCCUUCAACAAGGUAAUAACCUCUUUUCAACCUGCCUGAUUGUAUAAAGAAAAAAAACUCAGAUUUGAAGUUCUAAUCAUACUUCUCCCAAAGGGAAGCAUUCUUCUACCCUCGUGGUUCUAGGCGACCGCUUCACUGUGCAUCAGCUUUACAUGCAUUGUGGAUAGAGGAUAUUUUUAUUCUGAAGUGUAAAAUUUGGGUAAAAAUAUUUUCUGCAGUGGUAACUGAUUAGAAAAAUUCCAGUUGGAUGCCCUUAAAUGGAGUUGAGAAAACUGUAUCCUUGCCUUCUUCACAUGUGAAACAUUAGCUAGCUGGCAAACUUAUUCUUUGUAGUAACUAAAAUUUCCAGGGACAGGAAGUGGCUGAGAAGACAAAUGCAUCACCACAAAAUUCUGCUUUUGAAUUCAGGACAUUACAAGACAGUCAAUGCAGCGUGACUUUUCCUAAAUCAUGGUCCAAAAUAUGGAACGUUUCUUUUAGAAAUGGAAGUGCUCUUAGAUGUUUCAUUAUCUUUGGAUCACAAAAUGAAGAAAAUAUUUCAAGGCUGAAUUUACCUAAAUGGGCUGAUAACCAAUAUAAUAGAAAGGGAGGCUUUUCACAUCUAAGUACUUUUAAAAACAGGAAAAGAUAAGUAUAUGUUUCUAAAUUUAUUGAAAGACAGGUUAUUUACUCUUCCCAGAUAUCCAAAUGUAUUUUAAGACUACAAAUUAUCAGGAAAUGUACAAACGUCAAAUGUUUGCUUAAUUAAAGGUUGUUGGGUAUUAAAUUAUGUGUUUAGUAGGUUACUGUGCUCUAACAACUCAAGAAUGUUUUAAUGUAUCUGAAUUUAGCAAGGAGCAUGCCACGCUAAUUAUACUCCAAUUAACAGAACAGUGUAGUGAACCAGUACUAUUUCAGUUGGAGGCUAUAUUAUGGUUCUGAAUUCCUUAAUGUGUUUUUUCGUACAUCAAAAAUUACCCAAACCAAAAAUUAGUUGGUAUCUAUGAUCACAAUCUUGUCUUAAUUCUCAAAUUUAGCUCACGUUAGUCAUGUACCUCAUCAUUUGUCCUUUCAUGACAGCUUAAAUUCAGAGUUUUAAGUGGCUCAGCAAAACAGAUAAUGGAAAUGGGGGGAGGUGUCUCAAUUUAUUAGUGUUAUACAUAUUGAGGAAAACCUUUUUUUUUCCCUCCAGAUUCAGAAAGAAAAAUUUAACCAUUUAUUUCUCGGUAUUCUGCUGCUAUAGGUAGGUUCACUUAUUCUUUUAACCUAUAUUGUAUGACUGUCGUACAAGUGUAGGUCCUAUUGUGUUGCACAUAAAUCUUUACCAGUAAAAUAAGCGUCACAGGGUUAAUACCAGUUUGUCUGAAAGAAUUAUGCAGUAAAAUUAUUUAUAAGGGAAAGUGAUGACUUAGUUUAUUUAUUCAGUAUUUUUCUUUUGAAACAUCUCAUUACUUUUAAAAUCAUUUCAAAAUUCCUUAUACAUGAGCCAAUGAAAUAUUUUGAGCGCUAGUUAAGAAAAGCAUGAAGUCUAUGAUAAAUCUAAACAAAAGCACUUGUAACUUGUUUUGUAAAUUUCAUGCCUUAUUUUCCAUUUUUGACACCAUAAAGUGCAUUUUCUGUCAACUGUGAGCAAAUUUCCCUUUUGCCUUUAAUGAAAAUAGUGCAUUAAGUAGCCAAUUGCUGCAAAAUUAUAAAGCAAGUUAGCUAAAGGUGGAUCACAUUGGACUACCACUCAAAGAAACAAGAUGCAUAGUGGAUGGAAGUCACAUGUGGUGUGGCUUUAUAGGGAGAGUGCACCUGUGCCAGAUGCAUGCCACUUUCCGUAGCUGCCAAAUGUGCCUUUAAUUAAGAACAUCUCUGAUUUUUUUCUUCAGAUCAAGUCAGCAUUUGGGGGCGGGAUCAGGGCAGGGGACUUUGGGGUGCAAAUAUCUGGUGAAACACACCAGAGAAGAAGCCUUUGUUUGUCCAAGUGACACGAAUAAUUUCAGUUGAAACGUGUUUAUGUAUAUAUAUGUGUAUUUGCCUUUGUUUAGUAGCACGGUUAUUUGCUAAAAUAAUUGUCCAAAAAAUUGCUGUCAGUCUUACUUUGAUGUAAAAACAAAGUUUGGUCUAUACAUCUAAUAUGGCCUUUGUACCUAACCAUGUUCGUAGGUAAUCUUUGUACUCUGUGUGCAGCAGUAUUUGGUUUGCAUUUAAAGUGAAAAUAACGGCUGUUAUUUUUCUGGCAUUACUAAGACAAACCGAAAAAUAAUAAAAAAAAAAAAAUGCCUUA